UUGGAGAUGCAAUUAUAAAUGAUCAAAGAGAUAAUGUUGAUAAUUUAAUUGACAGACUCAGCAUUGGAAUUAUACCAAUUAAUGCUGGGAUUAGUGAAAUGUCAACCGAAGAAGAAAUUCUUGGUUCUUUUGAGCAAAUUGAAGAGGAAGAUGUUAUUCCUAAUGUUUUGAUAAAUGAA